AUGGAACACACAAAACAGCAGAUGGAACACACAAAACAGCAGAUGGAACACAUAAAACAGCAGAUGGAACACACAAAACAGCAGAUGGAACACACAAAACAGCAGAUGGAACACACAAAACAGCAGAUGGAACACACAAAACAGCAGGUGGAACACACAAAACAGCAGAUGGAACACACAAAACAGCAGGUGGAACACACAAAACAGCAGGUGGAACACACAAAACAGCAGAUGGAACACACAAAACAGCAGAUGGAACACACAAAACAGCAGAUGGAACACACAAAACAGCAGAUGGAACACACAAAACAGCAGGUGGAACACACAAAACAGCAGAUGGAACACACAAAACAGCAGAUGGAACACACAAAACAGCAGAUGGAACACACAAAACAGCAGGUGGAACACACAAAACAGCAGAUGGAACACACAAAACAGCAGGUGGAACACACAAAACAGCAGAUGGAACACACAAAACAGCAGAUGGAACACACAAAACAGCAGAUGGAACACACAAAACAGCAGAUGGAACACACAAAACAGCAGAUGGAACACACAAAACAGCAGAUGGAACACACAAAACAGCAGAUGGAACAACACACCCUGUAG